UACAAUCUUCCAGAAAAGUACCUUAGUGUAAACUACACAUACAAUUAGGAUAAUACAAGAAGUACACACAUUGGCCCCCAAAGAGAGGAACCUAGCAAAUUGGUGUAUGAAAUGAGAAUGGGCACAUUGUAACAAAUGUCAUGGAUACAUAUAGCACUGGAUGAGCACUGGAAGGGUGAGGCACAAGUGCACAACACAACCCAUGAUCUUCGCUACUUCGCUACGCGUCAAGCUCGUCGGAGCCACGCCGUUGCCGGCUCGCCUCUCGCCGCCGGCGCCGCCGGCGUCUGUCGUUCGCGCGUGCGCUUGCUUGCCCCGGCUUGGCAUUGGCGCGAGCGCGAUGUGGCGACGUGGCCGUGCCAUGAGGUGGCGGCGGCGGUGGAAGUACUCCCUCCCGGCGGCGUGCCUGGCGCUCGUGCUGCUCGCCGCCGCCGCCGCGCGCGGCGUGCCUAUCGGCGGCGGCGGCAUGGCGCACACCGGUGGAGGCCGCGUCGUCGUCGCCUCCUCCACCGCCGCCUUCGACGCCGCCGCCGCCGCCGCCUCCCGGUGCAAGAAGCAGAGGAGCAGUAGAGGCGGCGCCACCGGCCCCGCCGCCGCGGGCCGCGGGUGGUCGCCGCCCGCCGCCGCCGCCGCCGACGAGAGGGUCGUCCCCACCGGCUCCAACCCUCUUCACAACCGAUGAGCGCGCGGCGCGUGUACAGCCAAAUCAAAGCGAGCUCUCACGCCAUUGCCAUUGCCAGCCAUGGCGGCCAAGAAAGGAGAAGAACAUCAAAGACGACGACGACCAUUUCCUAAUCUCUAUCAAUCUCUUGCAUCACUGCUGCAUAUUAUAUUAGCAGUAAUUACUGACACUUCAUCAGUAGUAAGUAAUACCCGCAUUUCAAAAUAUAAGCAUUUCUCCGUGUUUUUUAAAAUAUUUCCGAACAUUUCUCCGCCUAUUCAUUUUGAAAAACACGCAUAAAUGCUUAUAUUUUAGAGCGGGGGAAGUACUAAUUAGCAGUAGCUGACACAUAGUAUGAUUAUCAGUAACAAUCCUCGGCUUUCUUCUCUUGUUUUGCUCACCAUGAAUGAUCAUCUGAAGCUACCACAAUGCUACUAUAUCAUAUAUAUAUGUAUAUAUUGCUGGUGAAAAAGAUUUCUGUUUUA